AAUCAGAGUUCUCUACGAAGCUGUGGCACAAUACACAAUGUAUCCCACGAAUAGGGAAUAUGUACAAGUUGUAAAGACACUGAUUGUAAAAUAUCCUUUCCUGAAGGAUCUUGAGGGAAAUGGUUAUCAUGCAUGGCACAUGUCUCUGAGACGUAAAUUCAAAUUAGAUCGUGCACCGCUCGUUGACAAUGAUGAAGUGAGACGUAGUAAGGAGAAGUUUGGCCACCAGACAUUAAAGCAACCUGUGGAAACUGCAAGAAACAGUCAGAGAAACAUUUCCAAGGCAUCAGGCGUUCUUGGUGGGGAUCCAUCCUCCAUUGAGGCUCAUGCGAAGGUUCUGCACAGCCAGUACCAGAAGAUGCAACCAGACACCAAGAUCAUACGAGACCGUAUGCAGCAAACCUUUGCAUGGCGGCAAAAGGAGAUUGCAGAUGGCAUGACUGUGGACGACACAGUCUUUCUUGAGGACACCAACCGGGGGAAAGCUGAGGAUCAACGUCCGGUCACUGUGUUGCGAGAUACAGCGUGCUCUCAAUCUCUCAUCCUCUCCAGUGUCCUGGUAUUGAAUAAGGAGUCUGCCUGCCAGGCGAGCACAGUGGUGAGAGGUACUGAAAUGGGUUUCGUGCCUGCACCUCUUCACAGUGAUCAUGUGCAAUCAAAGCUGGUAACUGGUUUCUUCCCAGUAGCUGUUCGUGCAUGUUUUCCCAUCGACGGUGUCGACUUCAUCAUGGGUAAUGACAUCGCUGGUGGUAAGAUGUAUCCUGUUGCUGAGGUUGUAGAUGUCCCAGUUUCAGAGCCUGACCAUGCUAACCUUGCCAAAUCUCAUCCAAACGUGUUUACUGCUUGUGUACUGACCCGAACUCAGGCCCGUAAGCAGGCAGAGGAUGUCACUUUGUCUGACUCUUUGUUCUCCUCUGUGUUGGCUGAUGACAGGUUGCCCCCUGGUGGUGGUUCAGUGAGCUGCGCUGUGAAGGAGCCUGAGGCUGUGCCAGAGUCUGGUGCUGCUCCUGCAGUGUCAUUGUCGUUAACCCAUGCAAGACCAACUGGAAAGGAUGAGUGAGCUUGCCCAAUCCAACAUGGCGGAGGCCCAGCAGCAGCAUCAAAAGGCCUGGUAUGAUCGGUCAGCCUGACAGAGGUCCUUCAAACCUGCCCAAAAGGUGCUCAUACCCCUCCCCAAUGAUGAAAGUAAGCUGCUGGCAAAAUGGCAAGGGCCCUUAAAGCCAAAACACACCCGCGGCGUAUGAUGUGCGUCAAAACAGCCGUCCCCAUUAUUUUCUAUUUACAAACCCACACCGGCGACGGCUCGACGCAUGUCGACGUGCCGCGCCGCGGCACUUUACGCUAUUAUCCUAUUUUUCCAGCGUCGCCGCCCUUGAAAAAGCGCUAUUUUGUACUUCCCACCCUAGCAGACUUGAGUGUGCAAUAGUAAUCCGGUUGACGCCCCGCAGCGCGACGCUUUUUGUGUGUGUUGGGGGCGGCACUUGACUCGUGUCAAUGACGCCGCCGUCAUAUGAAACCGCCGGUGUGUUUUGGCCUGUAGAGAUCCAGCAGAGAAUGGGACCAACCACCUACAGAGUGUCAACCCCAGGUCAGUUUCACUCAAGUGGGGUGCUGCAUGUGAAUCCAUUUAAGGAGUUCAAUUCAAUUUUCAAUUUUAUUUAUAAAGCCCAAUAUCACACAUCACAAUUUGCCUCACAGGGCU